ACAUGACAGCUUUUAUUGAACGAUCUGGUUUACUUAACCACUGCCUCCCCCAUUAGGAUCUCCAGUCGCUACAUUUCCAGAACUUCGCAAUGCCAGUCUACAUGCUGUACGGCUUUAAGUGGCCGCGCGCUGGCUUCACGGGCAUCCGAGUCUACAUUGUCCUGCACAACCUGGAGGACGCAACAGCAGAGUACCUCCAGGCGCCGAUCACUACCCAGCUGCUCCUCGAGUCGUUCGCGAAGACCGAACCGGGCAUCGUAUCCCGUCUACCCGAACUCCGAUUUAUCGAACAGUAUGAUCCCGACGAUACCACCGAUGAGGCUGUCAGCAAGCCAUAUGCCUAUGUCGCGGGUAAAGUGAUUACGAUGCCAGAGUCGGGGGCACUUAGUUUGGAUGCUGAGGAGCUGGUUAAAGAGUCAGGGCUGGAUAAUGAUGCCAUGGCGGCAUUGACGGAGAUGCGAGAUAAAUAUGCCGCCGGUGAGAAGAUUGGCUGGUAUAUUGUGUAUAACGGGGAUCCAGAGAGAUGGUUCCCCCAGAUUGAGGAAGAUGACGAUGAAAGUAUGAUGUACGAAGAUGAAGAUGGGGAGACUAGUGAUUAUGGUAGCGCAUCACAACCCCCGUCAACUCCUACGACAUUUUUCCCCCAAAAGUUGACGCAGUUCUUUGGCACUAAGAAGAUCACUUGAGACGGUUAGAUGAGUGAUGUGUGGCUAUGCAAUUUACCCAAAGCCCGAUGGCUGUUAUUGUACUCGUGAACAUUGAUUCUUGGAUAUUAGAAUCACGGCAUAUUGGGUCUAUAAUUCAUUUUCAUCUCGUUAUAAGCUAAGCUCUACUUCAU